UUUCUUUGCUCCCGUGGGAGUUUCGGGAUAAAAUUUACCCUUUGUGUUAUUCCACGUUAUAUUCUAUUCGUGUACUAAAUUUCACACACAUCCUUACAAACUCGCAUUUAUAAAAUUAUCCAUAUCUAUUUUUCUAUUACACAUAAUAAAAUCAUAAACGUAACAUUAGAUAUUUUUUUCGAAAUAAAAUAAAAAUAAAAGUAAAUACAUCUACUGAGGCUAAAACAAUAGUUUUUAGUAUUAUCAUUGAUUUGUUUUUGUUUUAUCAUUGAUAACUUUGAAAAUACUCACUGAUACAUGGCCGAGGUAGGACUUGUACCUGUGCCUUUCUGUGCAUCAUGCAUUUUAACUGAGCACCUUACAGUUUUUAUCAAUAUACAGCCACAAACUUUCAGAUUAUAAAGAGGCCAAAAUGCAAGCCAAGAAGCGUUAUAUAUUCCUUAUUAUAUCAUUGAUCUUUUUGGUUCUCUGCUAUUUUUGUGGACAUCCUCUGAAGUCAGAAUUGGUUGAACACAGUCGUCGUGAUCAGUUGCCUUCAUUUGCAACUUUAGAUGAAUUAUCAGAAGCAUCAUCACAAAUGCAGAGGCAGCCGCAUCCUACAAAAAAAUCAUGUCGCAUGGAAACUUGUUUUGAUUUUUCAAAGUGUGGAAAUGAUCCUAAAAUAUAUGUUUAUCCUACUGAGGGUCCAGUGAGCACAUCAUACAGAAAAGUUUUAUCAGUGAUCAGGGAGUCACAGUAUGCCACUAGGGAUCCCAAUCAGGCAUGUUUAUUCUUACCUGCCAUAGACACUUUGGAUGCUGAUCCUUUAUCACCAGAACAUGUGCCUGAUGUAGGUUCAAGAUUGUCCCGUUUACCUUACUGGAAAAAUGGUAAAAAUCAUCUUAUUUUUAAUUUGUAUGCUGGGACUUGGCCAGAUUAUUCUGAGGAAUCAUUAGGAUUUGAUCCUGGUGAAGCAAUUUUGGCCAGAGCAAGUGCUUCUGAGAAUAUAUUCAGAGACGGCUUUGACAUAUCUUUGCCAUUGUUUCACAAAGAGCAUCCAGAAAAAGGAGGAGUACCUCCUGCUGCAACAGCUAAUCCAUUUCCAGCUCCACGCCGCCAUUUAUUAGCAUUUAAAGGAAAGCGUUAUGUGCAUGGAAUUGGUAGUGAAACAAGAAAUUCCUUGUGGCAUUUGCAUGAUGGCAAUAAUCUUAUAUUAGUUACCACAUGUCGUCAUGGAAAAUCUUGGAAAGACUUAAGAGACGAGAGGUGUGAUGAAGAUAAUCGUGAAUAUGAUAAAUUUGACUAUGAGCAGCUACUGGCAAAUUCUACAUUUUGCCUGGUAGCACGCGGUCGCCGCCUCGGUUCCUACCGUUUUCUAGAAGCGUUAGCAGCUGGAUGUGUGCCUGUAUUACUGAGUAACGGCUGGCGACUUCCUUUUGAUGAACGUAUCGAUUGGCGGCGUGCCGUUAUAUGGGCCGAUGAGCGUCUAUUAUUGCAGGUGCCAGAGCUAGUACGUUCAGUACCCCCUGAGCGCAUACUCGCACUGCGUCAGCAAACGCAAUUAUUGUGGGAGCAGUAUUUCUCGUCAAUCGAAAAAAUUGUGUUCACUACAGUAGAGAUACUGCUCGAGCGUAUCUUAGCACAUCGAACGUCUCGGCAGCGGGAAGCUCUGAUCUGGAACGGGUCGCCCGGCGCGCUGGGCACGCUGGCCUCGUACGGGGACUCCCGCGCGCACUACCCCGCGGCCGCGCGCGCGCCGCCCGCGCCGCCCGCGCCCGCCGCGCCGCCCGCGCCGCUGCCCGCGCCCGCCGUCCCGCCCCCCGCGCCGCCGCCCUCGCCCGGCCGCUCCUACACGGCGCUGCUCUAUGUGCAGGCCACGUCGCCCGCGCUGCAUAAACUGCUCGCCAACAUUGCGGGCAGCGAGUUCUGCGAAAAGGUGGUGCUAGUGUGGGACAGCGAGCGCGCGGCGCCGUCGUUGGUGUCCCUGGCGCGGGCGGCCGGAGACACGCGGGAACCGCUACCGGUGCUCGUUAUCGAUGCCACCACACAUUACCCGGGGCAAGGCGUGUCAGCGCGCUGGCAGCCGCUGUGGGCGGUGCGCACGGCGGGCGUGUUCUCGCUGGACGGCGACGCGCCGCUGCUGGCCGAGGAGCUGGACUUCGCGUUCCGCGUGUGGCAGCAGUUCCCCGACCGCAUCGUGGGCUACCCCGCGCGCACGCAUUACUGGGACGAGGCUAAGGGCACAUGGGGCUACAGCAGCAAAUGGGGCAGCGCGUACUCGAUGGUGCUGGCCGGCGCGGCGAUGGUGCACCGUGCGACGCUGGCACAGUACGGCAACGCCGCGCCCGCGCUGCGGCUGGCCGUCCAGCGCGCCAGUAACUGCGAGGACAUCCUGCUGAACUGCCUCGUGGCGCACCUCACGCGCCGCCCUCCGCUCAAGCUGGCGCAACGCCGCCGAUACAAACACGUUCGCUACAGUAGAUCAUCGUGGAGCGACCCAGAGCACUUCGUGCAGCGGCAAUCGUGCCUCAACACCUUCGCUACGGCGUGGGGGUACAUGCCGCUGCUGCGCUCUGUGCUGCGUCUCGACCCCGUGCUCUUCAAGGACCCCGUCUCCACCUUCAGAAAGAAAUAUAGGAAGAUGGAAUUAGUCACAUCUUAAACGCACCUAUUGCGUAUGUACAGCAAAUAUUUGAUUCUUGUAAGGGUUCCGUUCUCUACGGGGAACCCUUUUUUCUUGAAGUAUGUCUAGUCUAUCCGCAGCUAAGUUGCGAGACUGUUAGUACCAGAAUGUUGUUAUUGCAUUUAAUGACACCGAUAAACUGGUGAAAUAAAAUGUUUUAUGGAAAAUUCUAAACAUACAGUAACAACGUAAGUAAGUAGUAACUCCUAUACAUUUUAAGUCUGAAUGUUAUAUUUCUCAUGAAUUAUAAGAGUCGAGGGUCAGAGAUCAGAUUAACUUAUUAGAAUCAGAAAAACAUAUAAGUAGUGUAUUAAUAGUCAAAAAAAUUUAAUUUAAAUACUUGAUUAAAAUACCUUUAUGUGGUGGCAAGCAACAUUAAUGUGGGCAGUGACAAUUUUUACAGGUGAAGUAAUUACGAUUAAUUAGUUAAACUCACUUGAGCUAUAGGUAACUUUAUUUUUCUCUAAAUUUCGUUUUAACAUAAACAUAUGUUGACCAAUGACUGCAAUUGUGACUGUGGACGAAUAUAGUUGAAAUAUAAUCACAACUAAUAAGUUAGUUUUUUUGUUUUCUCUUCACGCGUUAUCUGCUGAACCAAUCUUCUUGUAAUUUUGCGUUUGUAUAAUUGAAAAUCCCGUGGAAUUUGCGAAAAACUUAUAUUGUAUACCUAUACCUAUAUUCUGGCGGGUGAAAGCAAAAUAGCGGUCUCUGGGUUCCCAACAGCCAGUGCGCAACCGGAUCAUAAGCAUAGGAACAUGAUAGAUAUGUGAAAAUGUGAUUUUGUAUACGAGAAAUAAAUAAUAAAAUAUUGCCAUGGUCAAUUUGUUUAGGCAAAACAUUAGAAAUGGAAGGGAAAACAUAUCGGAAGCAGACUUCAGCAAUUGAAUUUUAGCGUAAACAUUAAGAGAACGACACAUAAAGCUGUUUAAUCAUACAUAUUUCGCUAAUUUAAAUGCCCUUAACAGAGCCUGUAAUAAAGAAUUUAAGACUAAAAAUAA